AUGUACGGACAAGCGGAUGCGAACCACUCCUCCGCCCGCCAAACCUCCCAUGAGCUGGAUUGGGCAGGUCGCGGCACUUCUCACGUCGACUUCCACCCUGACGAGUUGCUACCUCUAUCACAAGGACGAUUCCUGGGCCAUGGAAUGAACGGAGGCGUGUUCGAGACCAAAGUAUGCGGAAGGACAGUCGCUUGGAAGCGCCGAUACUGUCGGCGGCAGAUUGGGGUGCAAGAGCUUCGCGAAAUGGACAUUUUGAAAAGGCUCGACAACGAGCACAUUAUCAAACUAGUCGGGACAUAUACCCACGGGCCAUUUCUAGGAUUACUACUAUGGCCAGUUGCGGUAUGUGACCUGGGCACAUUUCUAGAAGACGUCGACAACCUCACUGCAAAACCAGACGCAGAAGUCGACUAUCAAGCCAUGAGCCAACGCCUCCAAAGCCUCGGAAUUGACGCCUCACAAAACUCGGGACCUGCCUUAUUCCGUCUGAAACAAAGCGUCGGAUGCAUUUCCAGCGCCAUCGCAUAUCUUCACCAACGAUCCAUCCGCCACAAGGACAUCAAGCCGUCGAAUAUUCUGCUCUCCCGUGACGGCCUCUGGGUGACCGACUUUGGAACGUCAACGGACUUCUCAAACAUUUCGCAAAGCAUCACGCAGAAUGGUGAGCGCGGAACACCAAAGUACUUUGCUCCGGAGGUUGCAGAGUAUGAAGCGAACGGACGGUCAGCAGAUAUAUUCUCACUAGGCUGUGUAUUCCUCGAGAUGAUAGGGCUCUGCAACGAGUACACACUCGACUUUCUGAAGAGCCUUCGUCCCAAGAAAGACCAGUCGUUUCACGCAAACCUCGACUCUAUUUUAGACUGGUUCGACUUUAGCGGAACGCAAGUUUCGUCUCAAUCUGACGCGCAGCUCAUGGCCCUGGUACGGGAGAUGCUCGCCAUUACUCCGCAGGAACGUCCUACGGCUGCUGACAUCGAAGCACGGUUACGACUGAUCGAUGCCAUCCGCAAGCCGAGAUGGGUGAUGCCCCUAUGGGGUCAAUGCUGUGCGCCUGUGUUGCCGUUGGCACAAUCGCAGAGUAUUCAAAUAUCAGCCGUGACGAUUGAGAUUGGAAAUAUGCAUAAGCAGCUGGAGCGAGGCCACGAGUGGCACUUUUUCAUACGAGCCCCCGCCGCGGAGGCUAUUAUCAAGGAUGUGCAUGUCUUCUUGCAUUCUAGUUUCAAGCAUCCCUACAAAGUGGAUCACAAGCUGCCGUUUGAGAUGGGCGGAAGGGGAUGGGGUUAUUUCACUAUUAGCGCGUUGCUGGCUUUGAAGACGGGGUAUUGUUGGGUGUCUCCGGAGGCGACUGUCGGGGCGGAUGGGAAUUCGUUGUUGCCGCUGGAAUGGAGGUUGGACUUUGAAAAGGAACUGAGUUUUGUUCGUGCCGAGGUUGGUAUUGCGGUGCAGUAG